CAACAACGACAACAACAAGAAUUAAAAAAAUGUCAACAAGCAGUAAUGCCAAACAGAGGAAUUAUAUAAAGCAAAACAAUGCAAUAUUCAGCCCAAAUAAGGCCAGCUGUAGGUGCAGAUGUCCAAAUGAUCAGUCAUUGUUCUCAACAAUUCAUCGCGCACAACAUCACAGUAUUGCCUACUUUUUGGCGCUUAGUAAUCACAGCAUAACACUUGCCUUGCAUAGCUUGAUCAUAUUGCUUUGUUUCGCCGCAAUGCAGCCAAUACUCGCACGUUCCACAUCGGCGCAUCGAUCAGCAAAAGCCGCCAUAGUGGCAGCAUCGCCUAUGGCUGUACCGCUACUCGGCAACGCCGCUUCUUCCGCUACUCUACUAAAUUCCACAACAUCAAUAACAACUGAGCAUGAAAGAAACACGCUCGCUAUGAGUGCCACACAAAGGCCAGCGCCAGUUGUAGAAAAUCGUCGUGCGCUAAAACUUGUGUUCCUCAACAACGCCUCAGUAGUAUGCAACGAUGGCUCACGUGCUGGCUUCUAUCUGCGCAAAAAUCCAAGUUCGAAAAAAUGGAUUGUAUUCCUGGAAGGUGGCUGGCAUUGUUACGAUACGCGCUCUUGUCGUGCGCGUUGGUUGCGACUGCGGCACCUGAUGACAUCGGCACAGUGGCCGGAAACACGUGACGUUGGUGGCAUACUCUCGCCGCUGCCGGAAGAUAACCCCUAUUGGCACAAUGCCAAUCAUGUGCUCGUGCCUUAUUGCAGCAGUGACUCGUGGUCAGGCACACGUUCCACUAUCGAUGAAACAGCCGAGUGGCGCUUCAUGGGCGCUGUGAUUAUACGCCAAGUCAUUGCCGAACUGAUACCACUCGGUCUGGGACGUGUCCCCGGUGCAGAAUUAUUAUUGGUGGGCUCAUCCGCUGGUGGGCUGGGCGUUAUGCUAAAUUUAGAUCGUAUUACGAACUAUUUGCAACGAGAACGUAAAUUGAUGGUGACCGUGCGUGGUGUGAGCGACUCAGGUUGGUUUCUCGAUCGUGAGCCUUACACGCCGGCAACGGUGGGGUCCAGCGAAUCAGUGCGGCAAGGUUGGAAAAUAUGGCAAGGCAUACUACCGGAAACGUGCACUAAACAAUAUUUAACAGAGCCUUGGCGCUGUUACUUUGGUUACCGCCUAUAUCCAACGCUAAAGGCACCGCUCUUCGUUUUCCAAUGGCUCUUCGAUGAAGCUCAAAUGCGUGCCGACAAUGUAGGUGCACCAGUCACGCCACAGCAAUGGAAUUACAUACACGAAAUGGGCGGUGCCUUACGUUCCUCCUUGGACAAUGUGACCGGCGUUUUUGCACCUUCCUGCAUUGGACACGCUGUGCUCUCUAGACGCGAUUGGGUUAGCAUCAAAAUCGAUGAUAUUUCAUUGCCAUCUGCGCUACGUUGCUGGGAACACUCCACACGCCCACGCCGUAAACGUCACAACAAUAAGGAACACCAUGCAGUUGAGCUACGUGAGCGCAAGCGUCAUAAACUCGAACAUCAAACGCCGCAGAAGCACCGAAGACCAACGCAAUACAAGAACAGAAAGCAUAAUAACCAUGAACCAAAAAAUGGCGUGCAACAACACUUGAGCAAAGCCGAGCGUGAAGAACGACGACGUCUGCGCCAUGAACGCCAACAAAAAUUACUACGAAAACAACAUCAACAAAAUAAAAAAAAGCACCGCAAUCGUCACGAACGGCGACGCAAUGAGGCGGAAAAGCGUAAUAAUAAUCUGUCACCCAACGAUAAUGGCACUACGUUAAAUGAGCAACAUCCCAACAAGAAGCAACACGCCAGCAAACAUAAUACUGGUGGUGGUAGCGACCGCAAGCAGCGGCGGGCGGGACACAAGUCGCACAAGGAACGGAAAGAGCAACGGCAACGGCAGCUGAAGGUGCAGCACACCGGCAAACUCGAGCUCCAACAACAGCGCGAACAGUCGAUAGAGGCGAUAACCCAAUUGGAAUUAAAAAAUAAGCACGCCAACGACGCUGCAACACGACGCAAUCGCGUGCCACGUGUGCCCGAGAAAUGUGCACUACGCUUGCUCGAACGUUGCAGUUGGCCACAAUGCAAUCACUCCUGCCCGAUGGUCACUAAUCCAAUAACUGGCGAGGAAAUGCGUUUCCUUGAGCUGCUAACCUCUUUCGGGCUUGACAUCGAAGCGGUCGCAACGGCGCUGGGUAUGGACAUGCAAACACUCAGUAAUAUGGACCGCGCCGAGCUGGUGAAUCUGUUGACGCAGCAGUCGAGCUGA